AUGGCAGACGUCGGCGCCAUGCACCGGCUGUUCAGCCGUGCCGAUGACCCCAGCGAGUCCUCGAAUUCCCUGUCGGGUUUCUUGACCACCUUGGUCGUUAACAUCGUCAUCUUUGCCGUGAUGGUCAUCGUCUUUAUCAUUCUGCGAAAGAGCCAGCGUCGCCAGUACAUGCCCCGAACCUACAUUGGCUACCUCAAGCCAUGGCAGCGCACCCCGGAAUCCCCCACUGGCCUGUUUAGCUGGAUCAGUGCGAUGUACCAGCUCCCUGAUACCUACGUUCUCCAACAUCACUCUAUGGAUGCGUACCUCCUGCUGCGAUUCCUCAAGCUGGCGUCUACCAUCAUGUUCGUCGGCUGCUGUAUCACCUGGCCCAUCCUGUUCCCCGUCAAUGCUACCGGUGGUGGUGGUAAGCAGCAGUUGGAUAUCCUCAGUUUCUCCAACGUCGCGUCUAAUUCUUAUGGGCGUUACUUUGCCCACGCCCUACUUGCGUGGAUCUUCGUUGGUUUCAUUUUCUUCCUCAUCACUCGCGAGCACAUUUUCUACAUCAACCUGCGCCAGGCAUACUCUUUCUCGCCCGCCUAUGCCAACCGUAUCUCUUCGCGCACUGUUCUCUUCAGCGCCGUGAGCCAGAACUAUCUGAACACAGACAAGAUUCGUGCUAUGUUUGGUAUUGAGAAGGUCAAGAAUGUUUGGAUUGCUACCGACACUAAAGAGCUCGAAGAGAUGGUCAAGGACCGCGACGCGGCUGCUAUGAAGCUUGAGGGCGCCGAGACUAAGCUUAUCAUGAUGGCUAACAAGGCGCGCAACAAGGCAUUGAAGAAGAGCGGCUCCGCGGAAGAAGGUUCCGAGGAGAAUACUGAUCUCGGCCAGUUUGACGACGAGUCUGGCUCCGUCGCUGCUCGUUGGGUGCAAGCCAAGGACCGCCCAACUCACCGUCUCAAGAUGCUUAUUGGCAAGAAGGUCGACACCAUUAACUGGGCCCGUUCCGAGAUCGAGCGCCUGAGCCCCGAAAUCGAAGAGCUCCAGGCGAAGCACCGUGCCGGUGACGCCAAGCUUGUUUCCUCCGUCUUCGUUGAAUUCUACCAGCAGGCUGAUGCUCAAUCUGCCUUCCAGUCUGUUGCUCACAACCUGCCUCUGCACAUGGCUCCUCGUUAUAUUGGUCUGGACCCGACCCAGGUUAUUUGGGCCAACCUCCGCAUUAAGUGGUGGGAGCGCAUAAUCCGACACACCGUUACUAUUGCCUUCAUCGUCGCUCUUAUCAUCUUCUGGGCCAUUCCGACGGCGGUUGUUGGUGCCAUCUCCAACAUCAACAGUCUGACUGAUAUGGUUCCCUUCCUGAAGUUCAUUCUCAACUGCCCUCCAGUUAUUCUUGGUGUUAUUACCGGUCUGCUGCCUUCCAUUUUGAUGGCGGUUCUAAUGGCGCUGGUGCCUAUCAUUAUGCGACUCUGCGCCAAGUGGGGUGGUGAUCCCAGCCUGGCUUCCAUUGAACUCACUACCCAGAACUUCUUCUUUGCUUUCCAGGUUGUUCAGGUCUUCCUGGUGGUUACUCUGGCAUCUGCUGCCACCAGUGUGGUUACCCAGAUUAUCAAGAACCCUAGCGACGCCGCCAGCCUGCUCGCCAACAACAUUCCCAAGGCCUCCAACUUUUACAUUUCCUACAUUAUCUUGCAGGGCUUGUCCUUCAGUGCUGGUGCCCUUCUCCAGAUUGCGGGCCUGAUUAUUGGCAAGCUUCUGGGCAAGUUCCUGGAUAACACCCCCCGCAAGAUGUACAAGCGCUGGUCGAGUCUGGCCGGUCUCGGAUGGGGCACUGUUUACCCUAUUUUCACUCUGCUGACUGUUAUCGGUAUCAUUUACUCUUGCAUUGCUCCUCUUGUCAUGGGCUUUGCCACCAUUGGUCUGUAUCUGUUCUACUUUGCGUACCGCUACAACCUGCUGUACGUCUCGAACGCCGAUAUUGAUACUCAGGGUCGCGCCUACACUCGUGCCCUCCAGCACCUGACUGUCGGUGUAUACCUGCUUAUCGUGUGUUUGAUUGGUCUGUUCGCUAUGGCCUCUGGAUCUAACCAGAUUGCCGUUGGUCCUUUGGCCCUGAUGAUCAUCCUUUUGAUUUUUGUCGUCUUGUACCACCUCUCGAUGAACAGCGCCAUGGAGCCUCUUCUGAACUACCUGCCCAAGAACAUGGAGCACGAGGAGGAGUCUCUCCUGUCCGAGGAGCGCACCAAGCUCAGCACCGAAUCGCACUCCAACGGUGUGAACAACGGUGUCACAGUCACAGACAAUGGUGUCAGCAACGUUGAUAGCGGCGUUGCGGCUGUCGACUCCGCCGAGGCGGAGAAGGGUCUUGGCCACACCGAGGUCUCGGACGCGAAGCCGAAGGCGAACUUCUUUACCAAGUUCCUGCGCCCGGAUAUCCACGCUGACUACGUCACAUUGCGCCGUCUGGUUCCCAGCCCGCUCGAUGUCGCUCCUUACCCCGAGGAAGCCGAGCGCAACGCCUACUUCAACCCUGCCAUCAACUCUCAGGCUCCUCUUCUCUGGAUUCCCCGUGACCCUCUCGGCAUCAGUCGCCAGGAGGUUGCUCACUCUUCCCGCGUCAUCCCCAUCACGGACGAGGAUGCGUUUGUGGACGAGAAUGCCAAGAUCACUUGGGACAUGGACAAGGGCCAGCCCCCCGUCUACGAGGAGAAGAUUUCCUGGUAA